GCCCCGGAAGCGGAAGUAGCGCGGGGGGAGGUCAGGGUCGAUUCCCAAGAUGGCGGCCCCCGGCUUGCUGCGCGGUGGCUGGAACCGGCUGGUUUCUGGUCUCCUGGGGCUGGGGGGCGGCUGGGCCCGGCCUCCGGCCCGCGCGCUCCGACAGGUUGUGGAAGUUACUGAAGGAAGUACAACUGUUAUUGAGGGCAAAAUUAUAGAAGAUGUCAAAACCCCAACUCCUCCUAACCCUUCUGGUCAGUGUCCCAUUUGUCGCUGGAACCUGAAGCACAAAUACAAUUAUGAGGAUGUCUUAUUGCUGAGUCAGUUCAUCCGUUCUGAUGGAGGGAUGCUGCCCCGUAGGAUCACAGGUCUUUGUCUGGAGGAGCAUAAGAAGGUUGCAGUGUGUGUACAAAUGGCUCACCGAGCAGGUUUGCUGCCAAACCACAGGCCGCUGCUUCCUGAAGGGCAUGUUUCCAAGAAACCCAAGCUCAACAGGUAUCUUACCCGCUGGUCAGUCAGAUCUGCUAAGCCCAUCUGGAAGAGAGGCCCUAAGUGGUGCCGAGUCCCCUUUCGUGUUGGACACCCCUUGCUGAUGAAUAACAUCAACUAUAGGCAGAGGCCUGUUUAUUUAAAUCACUGAGGCACAGAGGAACUUGCAUAGCCAGUGGAUCACAGCUCUUCAGGCUACUCUGCCCUUGUUCUGAGUUUCUCAGCUCCAGCAACACUCUGAUUCCAAGCAUCUCUCCUUUUAGCAUUCUGCUUUGUCUCAAGUGAGCAAGCAACCAUCUGCUCCUCUGGGGACAUGCAGGAUUCGACAUCAUUGCCUUCCUGUGCAGGUAGAACAAGGGCUGACAUUUGACUGUCAUUUAAAAGCAGGAAAGGAUCGGAUCAUUGCUUCAUGACGACCCAAGAGGGUUUUUGCAGCAGGAAGCUUUAGAAAGAGAAUACAUCUCAGAUCUGAUCUGUCAAUGGCCCAAGCCCUAGAACCUUUGAAGAAAAGUUCUCUGCUCCCUACUACCUCAUCAGGAGUGAGGGAAAUUGUGUUAAUCAGUGCUGAAGUGGAAUAUUUUUGUAGUCUGUAAUGACCUUAGUUUGAGGCAGAAAACACAUGACAGUGGCAGGCAGGCAUUUGGCAUGAUGAUUGUGUCUCACUAUGUGCCUGUUAGGAUUACUUACUGGGUCCCUGUAACUCCUGUGCCUGACAAAUACAAAACACAUUGACACCCUUAA